AACCGUUUGCAUCGCUGCCAUUUUACCGACGCAUCUCCUUUUCAUUCUUACCCUGUGAUAAAGAGCAGUGAGGAAAACCCCGUCGAUCCGCGUUCCCGUCUUCGUCUUGUUGCUUUUGCCCUCGGUUUUAAUGGCGGAGGAACCCACGAAGACCCCCGGCCAGCCCGCCGGCGAGGUGGCGGAGGAGGAGGAGGGCGGCGACGCUGCCGUCCACAUCGUCUACGUUGACCGGCCAGAGAACGAGGAGGCCGAGGCCUUCCACAUUCGGACCCUCGCCCCGGUCGUCGGCAGUGAGGAGAAGGCGAAGGAUACGGUGAUCUACCACUACAAGCACGCAGCCAGUGGGUUCUCCGCCAAGCUCACUCCGAAGCAAGUCGAGGAAUUGUCGAAGAAACCAGGUGUUCUUCAGGUUGUUCCUGAUCAGACCUACACCCUCCAUGGACCAGGGGGAACAGGGGGCACUGUCCACCACAUGGGCAUCCUGUGAAUCCUUGUUGCAGAGACAAUCUUCUGUCUUCUGAAGUAUUUUUCCUUAUUGCCAAAUAACGUGGCUUUGGAGUCCUCAAAAAUAAGGAUGUAAACUCCAUAAUGUUGAUGUAUUACCAAGCAAUUGAUAUCGUCAAUACUUUCAAUCUCGAAGUGCUGCAUAGGAUGUGGUUUCUGUUGUGAUGUAUGGAGCUGAUUACGUGUAAAUACGUUUUUAUGGUACAUGGAAAUUUGUACUCAUGGAAAGCUUUAGCUAAAA